GGUGAUAAGCGGCCGCGACUGUCCUUCGGUGAUGCUUUGGAGCGGCCGCGACUGUCCUUCGGUGAUGUUUUCUGUGGUAUCGCGGGGCGCGGUUCAGUCACUGGUAGUAACAUGAUACGGGUUGUUUUUGGUGAUUCAAGUGUUGGAGAACGUGACUGCGAAGAUGCAAUAUCACUUCCUUCUUCCGGGAUCACAGGUGGCAUUGGCCAUAUGCGCCAAUUGGCGGAAUACUGA